ACAAGUGUUCCUACCUUCUAUUGAGACAGAUCCCUUUUGAGAGAGCUUGUUCGAGAGAACAGAAAAUUUGCAGAAACAAAAGACAUGGAACAAAAGAAGAUCAUUACUGACAUAGAAGCCUCUAAACUAAAUCUUUCAUGGGCAGACAUGGUUGAACUCAACAUCCAAGUCGACUACGAUUGUAUUAUUUUCCCAAUGGAUGAUGACAUUGGUAAUACCAGUGAGCUUGAUCUAACUGAACCAGAGGAGCAAACUUCCACAGAAUCUGAAAUCAUGGCGGAAAUAGCUCCUUCUACUGGGUUUGAGAUCUCCCCCUCAGUGGAAGCCCAGCAGGUAACAUCUCCGUCUGCUGGAUCUAAAAUUUACCCAGGAGUGGAAGUUGGGCAGGUAGCAAAUUCUUCUACCGAAUCUGAAACUCCCCUUUUAGUGGAAGCCCAGCAGGUAACAUCUGAGUCUGCUGAAUCUGAAAUUUACCCAGGAGUGGAAGUUCAGCAGGUAGCAAAUUCUUCUACCGGAUUUGAAACUCCCCUUUUAGUGGAAGCCCAGCAGGUAACACCUGAGUCUGCUGGAUCUGAAAUAAACCCAGGAGUGGAAGUUCAGCAGGUAGCAAAUUCUUCUACCGAAUCUGAAACUCCCCUUUUAGUGGAAGCCCAGCAGGUAACAUCUGAGUCUGCUGGAUCUGAAAUAAACCCAGGAGUGGAAGUUCAGCAGGUAGCAAAUUCUUCUACCGAAUCUGAAACUCCCCUUUUAGUGGAAGCCCAGCAGGUAACAUCUGAGUCUGCUGGAUCUGAAAUUUACCCAGGAGUGGAAGUUCAGCAGGUAGCAAAUUCUUCUACCGAAUCUGAAACUCCCCUUUUAGUGGAAGCCCAGCAGGUAACAUCUGAGUCUGCUGGAUCUGAAAUUUACCCAGGAGUGGAAGUUCAGCAGGUAGCAAAUUCUUCUACCGGAUUUGAAACUCCCCUUUUAGUGGAAGCCCAGCAGGUAACAUCUGAGUCUGCUGAAUCUGAAAUUUACCCAGGAGUGGAAGUUCAGCAGGUAGCAAAUUCUUCUACCGGAUUUGAAACUCCCCUUUUAGUGGAAGCCCAGCAGGUAACACUUGAGUCUGCUGGAUCUGAAAUUAACCCAGGAGUGGAAGUUCAGCAGGUAGCAAAUUCUUCUACCGAAUCUGAAACUCCCCUUUUAGUGGAAGCCCAGCAGGUAACAUCUGAGUCUGCUGGAUCUGAAAUUUACCCAGGAGUGGAAGUUCAGCAGGUAGCAAAUUCUUCUACCGGAUUUGAAACUCCCCUUUUAGUGGAAGCCCAGCAGGUAAUAUCUGAGCCUGCUGGAUCUGAAAUUUACCCAGGAGUGGAAGUUCAGCAGGUAGCAAAUUCUUCUACCGAAUCUGAAACUCCCCUUUUCGUGGAAGCCCAGCAGGUAACACCCGAGUCUGCUGGAUCUGAAAUUAACCCAGGAGUGGAAGCUCAGCAGGUAGCAAAUUCUUCUACCGGAUAUGAAACUCCCCUUUUAGUGGAAGCCCAGCAGGUAAUAUCUGAGUCUGCUGGAUCUGAAAUUUACCCAGGAGUGGAAGUUCAGCAGGUAGCAAAUUCUUCUACCGGAUCUGAAACUCCCCUUUUAGUGGAAGCCCAGCAGGUAACACCUGAGUCUGCUGGAUCUGAAAUUAACCCAGGAGUGGAAGUUCAGCAGGUAGCAAAUUCUUCUACCGAAUCUGAAACUCCCCUUUUAGUGGAAGCCCAGCAGGUAACAUCUGAGUCUGCUGGAUCUGAAAUUUACCCAGGAGUGGAAGUUCAGCAGGUAGCAAAUUCUUCUACCGGAUUUGAAACUCCCCUUUUAGUGGAAGCCCAGCAGGUAAUAUCUGAGCCUGCUGGAUCUGAAAUUUACCCAGGAGUGGAAGUUCAGCAGGUAGCAAAUUCUUCUACCGAAUCUGAAACUCCCCUUUUAGUGGAAGCCCAGCAGGUAACACCCGAGUCUGCUGGAUCUGAAAUUAACCCAGGAGUGGAAGCUCAGCAGGUAGCAAAUUCUUCUACCGGAUAUGAAACUCCCCUUUUAGUGGAAGCCCAGCAGGUAAUAUCUGAGUCUGCUGGAUCUGAAAUUUACCCAGGAGUGGAAGUUCAGCAGGUAGCAAAUUCUUCUACCGGAUCUGAAACUCCCCUUUUAGUGGAAGCCCAGCAGGAAUCAAACCCCUCUGCUGACCCCAGGGCUGUCAACUCCAUUGAAAUCCAACAAGUAUGUAACCUGUGCACAGGUUUUGUUCCCAUUCCUUUGAACUCUGUGGCUGCAUGGUCUUCCCACUCACAUCAGCAGUCAAACCAUUUCCUUGCCCAAUACCACAACAGGUACCCACAAGUCUCUACCCAGUAUGGAGCUCCCCGCUAUCAAUACCCCAGAAGGAGGAGGAUGACCCGCCAUGCCCCAACUUUUAGGGGAAGUCAUAACUCAAUGUACAUUGAGCAGGCUGCCAAACAUAUUAAUAACCUCAUGGAGCAGGUGGGUGACCUUAAAAACCAACUCCAAGUUAAAACUUUGGAUCUUCUGAAGGAGAGAGAACAAAGAAUCACAAUUCAGGUUGAAUGCACAGCCUACUUGGAAAAGAUACAAGAACUGGAAGAAACUUUAGAACAUGAACGUCACAUUAAAGUUGAAUGUGAGCCCAAUGAGGAAGACCAGGAAAGAUCCAUUGUAUCGGACACUGAGAGAACCUCAAAACUUCAACACAUUCCCAAAGCAACAGUUGAUGUGAAUAUUCUUAAUGAGCUCAAUUUCUUGAAGAAGCAAGCUGAAACACAUAACUUGCACUGUGAAAAGCUGGCAGAAACCUUGGUUGAAGAACAAAAGCUGAGACUGCAAUGUGAAGACCAGCUCAAGAUUCACCAUGAGCUUGGCACCAAAUUCAGGGAACAGGAGCAAAAAAUUAAAUCUCUGCAGAGUCACAUUGUAAAUCUAACUUUGGAGUUGAAGCUUGCUUCAAAAGAUAACGAUCAUGAAGUGUCCUCCCAAAAUAACUCCUCUAAUCAAGCUGAGGUCUCAACAACAACACAGAUCUCAACGCCAUCAGUGGUCUCAACACCAUCACAGGUCUCCAGGCCAUCAGAGGUCUCCAUACAAAUACAGGAGCCCACUUUACCAGGCCACCAUGCAAACAGACAGUUUCAGACAGGUAGUGGCCCCCACCAAUGCAGAAGACAGCACAGUAUAAUAGGCAUCCAUGCAAACCCAGGUCCUCAGUCAAAUACUGCAGGCUUGAAUGCAAACAGGGGAGUUCCCUCUUACAGAGGCCCCCAGGAAAACCACAGACUCCACACAAAUGCAGGCCUCCACACAAACCCAGGUCAUUACACAAUUUCAGGUCUGUACCAAAACCAGGAUCUAUCCAGAAACCCAGGCUCCUACCCAAACCCAGGCCUAUAUGCAAAUCCAGGCCCACACUCAAACCCUGGCUCAUAUGCAAAUCCAGGCCCAUACGUAAACCCAGGCUUUUAUAAAGAUCCAGGUCAUUACACAAACCCAGGUCCAUACCGAAACCAGGGUCUAUCCGGAAACCCAGGCUUUUACCCCUAUCCAGGUCCAUGCCCAAACCCAAACCCAGGCCUAUUCACAAAUGCAGGCCACCACCCCAAUGCAGGCUUCCACGCAAACAGACUUCCACCUUACACAGCCCCUUAGAGAUAAAAGCGGGCAUGCAUGGGAUGAAAAGUAUUUGACAAGACUCCCAAACAACACAAGGGACCCAAGAAUCCCAAGAACAAACACAUCAACACGAGGGGGAUGGGGGGUGGGGUGCGUCAGGGAAAUAUGUCUCUCUCAGCAAAAUUGUUUAAUUUUAAUUUGAUUAAUUUUAGCAUCAUUUAUUAUUGUGUUUCUCUGAAUUAAUUAAUAUUUUUGAAAUAUUUAAUCUAAAGUUUUGUCUGAGUAUGUUAUUUUGUAUAUUGCAUAUUGAUUAUUCAUAUCAAAACUGUCAUAAAUGCGGGAUUCACUGUAGUACAGUAUCCCUUAAAACAUGUAUAGCAUGCAGAAUCUGCACUCAUUCUGCAUGGAGUUUGUAUGUUCUCCCUGUCUAUUAGUGGGUUCUCUCCGGGUGCUCCGGCUUACUCCCAUAGUCCAAAAGCAUGAAGAUUAGAAAAAAAAAGAAAAAGAAAAAAUAGAGAGAAACAAAAACCUUUUGAGUAAAAAGGUUUUUGUAUAUAUUAUUAUUAAAGAAAAUAAAAAUUAAAUAUUAAAAGCUAAAGAACUAUUUUAUAUUCUUUGUAUUUAUAAAUAUAACAGUAUUUGUCAGUGUUGCAUCACUAAUUAUCACUGUUGAAAAUAUUCAGUUACCUGAUUCAUUUUAAAUUAUUUCAUUAAAAUUUACUGUAAUGGCCUGCAGAAAAAAUCUUUAAUUUUAAACUUAUUUUUUAUGUUUUGUCAAAAUCUUCUUUUUCCUCUGACAUUUUCAUGUUAAAUGAACAUUUUAUUUGGUGUCUUAUCCCAUGAGGGUCCAGACACCAUUUAAAGGUGUCUGGAAAGCAUUUGUCCAAACACCCUGGAGUGGACGCAGAAAAGACUGGUGAGUGAUCACAUUUUAUCCAGGGGAUCCUACGGUAGCAGAAUAGCUGAAUAGUGCAAUGGCUGAAAUUCCACAAAACAUUGUAGGAGUUGAAGGCCAAACAGUGCAGAAAGAUGAUCUCAAACGUUUGAAGGCCUAUAGCCUUUACACAAAAAGACACAUGGGUUGGGAAUAGGCACAAUGACAUAGAAUUGCUAUAAAACCAGCAAAUUAUCUUUUUUUCUGUAUUUGUAAAGCACUUUAUAAAAUCUAACUAAAUAAAAAUUUUUGACAUUUGCUUGAAAUGUAAACAUAGAUCUCUUUCAGACUGGGCUGAUGAGCAUUGAAACAAUUGAGGAAUGAGUUGGGUUUAAAUCCCUUCCAAACAAAUAAAAAAACAAAUAACCUGAUAGAAAAUAAAUGAUUAACAAUUUUUGACCUUUAUGGGUAAGCUGCAAUAAACUUUGAUAUUUUCAGUUCGGAUUUAAUCCUCUCCUCCUAUAAACCAUCAACAAGAUCUCAAAUUCUAUCCCUUUAACCAACACGGAGCCAGUGUAGUGAUUUAACGAACGCUGUAAUGUGACCCAUGCUUUUGAGGUAUAGAGUAGUGUAAAACAGGGCUAUGUACCUGGCCAGACUAAAAGCAGAAACAAAGAGUAGUGCUCCAGUUAUCAAGUUUAGGGAGUCAAUUACUUUUUUCUCAUAGCUUUUUUACCACGGUAAAUAAAAUGAUUAUUUAAAUAAUUAUUUUUUUCUUUACUCUGGUUCACUUGUUCUGACACACGGUUACGCCAAUCGGAAGUCACCAAAGUUGCAUUGGUGUGUAAGUUUGCCAAAACAAUGUCGGAUUCUGUAAUUUUCUCUGGUCCCCUCCCUGAUCUGACCAGUGACGACAUGUUUAGCCGCAUGCUGUCAUUCAACCGCUGGCUGUCUAGGUGGUGUCCAGAAAACGAUUUGGGCUACAUUGAUAAUUGGCAAACGUUUUGGGAAAAACCUGGUCUGAUCCGGAAACACGGCAUCCAUCCCAUUUUGGAUGGAGCAGCUCUACUUUCAAGGAAUCAGACCAAAUGUAUUAGUUCUCCAGAACUCUGACAACCCAGGGUUCAGACAAGGAAGCAGAGUCGUAGUUUAACACUCCUCUCUGCAGCUUCUGUAUUGCUACCCACCCAUUACCCUAUUAAGACAGUGU